ACGCUUGCAAGCGGCGCCGGAAUUAGCGGUCGUCCGAGAUGGUGGUGGUGUCGCAGUCGAAGCGCCGGCUCCUCCUGCAUGUGCUCCUCGAGCACUUUGGCGAGCACGUCGAGCACCUCGCGCGGGUCCUCCUGAAGGCCGAUGACGACGGCUUCACGCUGCGCGAGAUCCUCCUGCACACGACCAAGGCCACGCCGUCGCAGCUCAAGGCCGGCCUCCUGAAGAUGCUGCAGCACAACAUGCUCGACAUCAAGUCCCAUUGGGCCAACGGCAAUGCGCACAAGAAGACGGCGCAGACCAAGCAGCCCUACACGCUUCGGUAUACGCUCAACCACGACGAAGUGCUCCGGCGUCUCCGCUUUGCACGCUACAUUGAGCUCGCCAGCUCGGUCUUUGGCGAAGAGGGUGCGAUCAUUAUGGAGGAGCUCUUGGUCUGUGGCCGCCUCCGCCUCGACCAGUCGAUCGAGGCCAUGGCGUUCAACCUCGCACAGGCGCGCCGCGCCGCCGAUGGCAACUCGGAAGACGAUGUGGACGCGGACGAGCUCGACGCCCUCAAGGCAACGCUUCGGUCGACCUUUCUUGAGAUGGCCAAGAACCGCUACAUCGUGCGCGUGCACCCGCUUGACCUCAACAACAAGCACGCGGACGAUCCGUUUGCAGACGAAGCCGAGGUGGCGUUCGAGAAGCUCGCGGCGGCGGCGUCGUCGCCGUCCUCGUCCUCCAAGGCCGCGCCCAAGUCCAAGGCGAAGAAGCCGUCGGCUGACACUGUCGAGCUCGACGAUGGGUUCUCGGUGCGGCGUGGCACAAAGCGCAAGGCCAAAGCGCCGCCAAAGGACGUCGUUCCAAUCGAAGUCCAGCUCAUGAUGCAGGCAGAGGAGGCCGAGGCGUCGACACCGCCGGCCGCGACCAGCGCGCCAGUCUCGUCUGGCGGUCGCCGUCGUCGGAAGGAGGCCAAGCUGCCAUCGACACCGACAUCGCUUCUCGACAACGGCCAGGGCGACGACGUGAGCCUGAAGGAAGAAAACGCCAUUUGGCGUGCCGGCGUCGCGCAGCUGACGCGCGAGCUGCGCCACCGCGCGUGCAUCAAGUUUGCGAAAGAAAGCGUCAACGACGUGGCCGAAGUCAUCGUGCAAGCCAUGCUGCACGCGUCGUCGCCGCACGAGCGCGGCGAGGCCGAGCCGACGUCGUUCCCGAUGACCGCGCGCGACCUUUUCAAACUCCCGUCUGUCGACGCGGUGAUUCCGCAUACGUCGCGCGACCGCUGGAAGCUGCUCCUCAAUUACCUCACGGCCAUGUGCCAACACCCGUCGGGCAUGCUCACCAAGACGGCCCCCGAGGCGUUUGCCGCCAACAAGACGGGCGACGGCGGCACGUACGCCGUGCACAUGCAGAACGUCGUGUCGACGCUCGAGCGCAAGACAGUCCACGCGUUCGUGCAGGACACGUACGGCACGGCGAGUGCGCGCAUUCUCCGCGUCGUGUACGAGCAGCGCCAGGCCGAGGAGAAGACGAUCGGGGAGCUCGCGCUUUUGCCGGCGAGCGAGACGCGCAGUCGACUCUUUGGGCUCUUUCAAGCCAAGCUGAUUCAGAUGCAGGAAAUCCCCAAGCGCGCCGACUACAACCCGCAGUACACGCUCUACUGCUGGUCGGUGGACCACAAGGCGCUCAUUCGGCGCCUCGUCGAGCGCAUCGAAAUUUCGCUCGUGCAUUUGCGGACGCGCCGCCAGAGCGAGGCCGACGAGCACAAGGAUCUGAUCGCGCGCUCGGACCAGCUCGUCGAGCAGCACGACCUCGACCGGUUCGACCGCGUCUGCCGGUCCCUCGAUCGGUUCGACCGCCUCGUGCUCCAGUUGGACCGCAUGCUGCUUCUCUUGUGCCACUUUUAGAUAUAAUUCCUUUUGCAGUUAGUACAAACGCUGCCGUGUAUUUGCUACGAGCAGUCAUCAUCAUGC